AUGUCACAGGCAGGUGUGAGUGGGAAUCGCACCACUUUGGCCACACCCUCUAAUGACUGCAAUGACAAGGAAAUAUUGGAUAUUAUUCAACAACGCGGUGCGCCACAUCUCUAUUGUUACCCGAGUGUGCGUGCCCACUCCGGUGUCCGUUCCUGUUACUAUGCAGCCUGCGGCAGAGGCCCAACUUUGCCGCCACCACUCCGCACCGUCCUGUCGGCCGCUGCCUCAUCAUUUCACUGCAUUGUUCAGGGGAGAGGUGUAAACAUGACGCGGAGAACAGUGCGUGCGGAAGCGGAAGAAGAAUGUAUUGCAAAACAAAUUUCUCCAUCGUGCGGGGCCCCCCUUGUGAGUGAUAGCACCGUUAGUAUGGUAGAUGCAGUCUUAAGGCAUUUGUGUAUGGUCAAAGGCACCCCUGUCUUUCUUCCGGGCUUUUUAUCGUAUCCUUAUUACAAUCUGCUUGAGCUUUUUGAUCGGUGGGGACUACAUAUUGUAGGUUACGAUGUGGAUUUCGUGAAAAUGCGCGUAGACGAGAACGACCUUCGGCUGAAGGCAAGAUCGGUGGGUUUGGCCGGUAGCACCCACUUUAUGGGUAAUGGCGCCAAACCCAACAGAACAGGUAGUAUUCAAAACAGCCCACCGCUUCUUUUGUUCAUAGGUGUCGGCGGCCGCCCCAUCUCUAACAUUGAGAGCAUGACGCAUCUUGUGCGUGCUGAGUUUCGCGCGGUAACCAUUGAGUUGUGUCCUCUUACUGCUGCGUUUCUGGACCGAGAGGAUUCACAAAAACCAUCAGCACGGGCGGAUAUCUGUGUCAUGGCUAUGGAUGGUGCUGGUGAAUUUGGAGGGGCUCUUGCGUUCACUGGUGAUCCCCUGUUAGCAGAUGGAAUCCUCCAGCAGUUGCACAAGCGACCGACGGCGUCAUCGCGGGAUCACUGGAUUGCAUUGGCGUUGCACAUCGCUCAUUUGUUGGUGUCAGAUGGCAAGAGUUUUAAGUUCGUGUUGCACGUAUUGCGCUGGUGUUCGUUAUUGAUGAGUAGGAAACGAGGAGGCAGCGCGUCAAGACCCCACGUGGACCAUAUUUUUCAAUUUCUUUUAGCAACAAGGGCGAAAAAACCAUUGAGCGGCCUACACACUUUCGCAGAAGUUGGAGAAAGUUGUGAUGAAGGCCGCGGCAAGGCCACUGCUACGGUGCCACCUCACACCAGCAAUGACUUGUCGUUUUCAAAACCUCAUCCUGGUGUCAUUGCCUGGCUUGAGGAGGCCAUUGCAAGGGCUCAUCAAGAUGCCAUGUUGGAAUGUUUUUCGUUUUGGGAAUUUGUUAGUAGCCUGCGCAACGAUGUGGAGGUUGUUUCUGCUGGAGAGCCCCAAACGCCAAAACAAUGCGUGACCUGCCAUUCCAAUGCUAUUUUUGUGCGCGUCCGUGAGCCAAAGCUCGCGGCACGUGCCUUGUUGGGUGCUGGUUUUGGCGCAACCCCUCUCACCCCGCAUUGGUGGGGCGGAAGGCAGCAGAAAACAAUGGAUGGUGCCAAGAUGUUGGUGAAAGGCUAUUUAAGACGGUUGUCACCUCACGACAUUGUUCUUCUUCCAAAGUGCCCUAUGUGUGAAGAUUUAGCGCAGCAUGCUUUGUGUGUGCCGUUGUACCCAAGCAUGAAGUACACUAACAGGGAGAAGCUCCGCUCGGCCAUGCAGUCAGUGUUUCCGUCCUCACUCUUCAGAAGCCCCAGUGACAAGUUUCAUGACCACGUGAAGGACUCCCAGGAGACUCAUGCGUACCACUCUACAGCUGUUAGUAAUUUAAUUAUUCAAUGCAAGAGGAGCAUUAGUAGAGGUGAGUGGUCAGCUGUUUUUUCCGAUGCGCAGCCACUCUUGCUCCGGUGCCUCUUUGGCCCAAUCCCGGCGUAUGUGGUAUCGAAGUUAUGA